AUGUCAUUCCGCAAUAAUCGUUAUGCUCCUGCUGUUGAGUGCGCAGGCGUCAUUCCAGUCGGAUUCAGAUUCAAAUGCCGCCAUUGCAACAUUUACAAGACCAAGGAUUGCUUCUCAAAGAAAGAGAUUGCUUCGUACGCAAAUCAAUUUGCUCGAAAUCCGGGCAUGACACUCGACCCUGUAAACUCACUUCUACGAUGCUUUGGUUGCAAGGGCGGACAAGCUUCGGAGCGCCAGUGCGAGGGGCCAUGCUCUAAAUGGAAAUCUUUGGACCAGUUUAGCAAGGCUCAGAGAUCUAGGGGUAACGGGUGGUGCAUGGAAUGCGUUCAAUGGAAGGAAGGUCAUCAUCCCGAGGUCAAUACUACACCUGCUCCUGGCACUGAGCUAGAGCAGCUUGAUACAACCAGUGAUGCACCUGAGCCCACAACAGGUUCUUCUUAUGCUGCGAGCAUGGCGAGUUUGUCCCUUGGCAACACUCCAAACGGUUCCCAGCUUGCACCGCAUCUACGAGCAGCUGCUGGCAGUCAAAUUGAGAACCGCUCGCAAUCAUCUAUGAGUAACGCCUAUGAAGGUGCUCGUACAGCGGAUCUGCCAACUAGCUCGGAUGUAUGGUCUACUCGCGACUCAAGACGUCGCGCAGGUCCUGCCAUACAGUACAAUGCAUAUGAUGCCAAUGGAGUACGCCAUUCUCAAGAAAAGGCAAUGACCUUGACUUCUCAAGCUACUUCAGCUAUUGGCGCAUCCAGCGCGACUUCUGUUGCCAGCGGUCCUGCUCUCGCUACUCGUCCAGUCACCCAAAUCCAAGUCGUCACUGCUUCCCGCGUGGUUGUUAAUCCAUCCACUGGUUGGGCUAAGCCUAUCGGCACUCGUACUGCACAACCAGCCAAUCCAGGUGCUGUCACUGCAUGGGCCCCAGAGUCGAAUGAAGUUUACCGCAGAUCUGCCUACGACUCCAGCGAUGACGAAAUGUGA